AUGGAGACUCAAUUUAACAUGGGUAAGCUUUUGAAUGGAGAAGAAGUUGCUGUGAAGAGGCUUUCUAGAAAUUCUGGACAAGGUGAACUAGAAUUUAAGAAUGAGGUGGUGUUAUUGGCCAAGUUGCAGCAUAGGAAUCUUGUUCGGCUCCUCGGCUUCAGCUUAGAAGGAGAAGAAAAGCUCCUAAUCUAUGAAUUCUUACCAAAUACAAGCCUCGAUCACUUCAUAUUUGAUCCAAUCAAACGUGCACAAUUGGAUUGGGAAAUACGUCACAAAAUUAUUAAAGGGAUUGCUCGAGGGCUUCUCUAUCUUCAUGAAGAUUCUCGACUUAGGAUUAUACAUCGAGAUCUCAAAGCAAGCAAUGUUUUGUUAGAUAAGGAGAUGAACCCAAAAAUUUCAGAUUUUGGCAUGGCAAGGCUUUUUGUAGUUGAUCAAACUCAGAAUACCAACAGGGUUGUCGGAACAUAUGGAUAUAUGGCUCCAGAGUAUGCAAGGAAUGGGUUCUUCUCAGUCAAGUCAGAUGUCUUUAGCUUUGGUGUCCUACUUUUAGAAAUUAUGAGCGGUCAGAAGAACAACAGCUUUUAUCAAUUGGAGCAGAAUGAGGACCUUCUUAGCUAUACAUGGAGAACUUGGAAGGAAGAUAGGGCUGUGGAGUUGAUAGAUACAACUUUGAGAGAAAAUUGUUCGAUAAGUGAAAUGACGCGAUGCAUUCAUAUUGGACUGCUAUGUGUUCAAGAAAAUGUUGCUGACAGACCCACCAUGGCAUCAGUUGAUCUCAUGUUCAAUAGCUCAUCCAUCAUCCCCCCAAUACCAUCAUCACCACCUGCCUUUUAUGUUUAUAACAGAGGGGAGGAAGACAAAUCUAUCUCAAAGAAUGAUUCAUGUGUAACAGAGCAAGUUCCAUCUACCAAUGAGGCAUCUAUUACUGAGAUGUACCCUCGGUGAGAUAUAGUAGGAGAGUAGUUCAUAAAAAGAAAGGAUGAAAUCACUAGUUAUUAGAGCCUGAUUAUUUUUAAUAUAAUUAUUAAAUUCAAUGGCAUGAAAUGAGAAUAUAAUUCUUACAUAUAAAUUAGACUUUUGACUCUUAGACAUAUUGUUUCAUAUGUAUAUGAUUAGAAAUUCUAAUUUAAACUAGAUAGUCAGUACAGAGAAAGUCCUAAACUUUGAUUACCUGUAAUAAGAUCAUUGCCUGUACCCAAACAAAAAAUAAAACAGAUUAUGCUCUGUAGCCUUCUCCUUGGCAGCAUCAAAAUAUCGUGGUUUGCCUUAAAUGCAGAAAGAACAUUUACAGCAGAAAUUGAUCUUGCGUCCACGCCAAUACUCUCCUGCAUCACCCAAAUAGAAAACAU